UCGUGGUACGGUCCGCAUCUCAAGAUGGUCAAAGUGGCAUUAGGAGCUUUAGCGAUUGCGGCGGCUGCGACGGCAGUGCAGGUCCCGGCGGCCACCAGCUACAUCUACCGGAGCGACAAUGGAGGCCCAGCGAGCCUCAUACAGCUUGGUGGUCACGGAUAUCCAGCCCUACCUCUGCCUCUACCUGCCCCUAUUGCUGAACCCUUAGCACCCAUUGAUGCGUACGCAAUUGGACCAGUCCCGUUACCGUAUGUCGCAGCUAAACCUAUUGUAGUUUUAGACGAAGAAGAUGAUGAUGAAGAAGAGGAAUACGAAGAUGGCAUCGAGGGUUUGGAACAUGGUCAUGAGUACGAAAAGGGAAGUGGCAGCAAUUAUGGUGAAGAAUAUCACAAAGCUCAUGGCGAGAAAGGAAGCAAAGGAUAUAACUCUAAGGGACAUCACGCUAAGGGCGCUGCAGGACAUUACGGAAAGGAGCAUAAUGAGGGAUACUACAGUGAAGGUGAAGGAGAAAAAGGAGUGAAGUACGACAAAGCUGAUGCUCAUGGCAAACAUUAUGAAUCAGGAGAAAGUUACAAGGGAGGUGAUCACGGGCACAAGAAGCAUUCCAGCAAGGGCGAGGAAAUUACCGGAUACCACAAAGUCUUCAACAAGGACGAGUUCAAGAAAGACCACGAUUUCUACGAUGUUGCCGACAACAGUGGUCACUUCAAAAAGCACGGCUAUGAGAAGAAGCACCAUGGCGCUGAGAAGGGAGGUCACAAAGAGGGUGGGCACCACGACGCGGCUUUUGACAAGGGUGAGUUUGGAAAGGGUGGUUCGUAUGCUGAGGGAAAUGUUGAUGAUGCUGAAAAUAAUCAUUCGGCUGAGGAGGGCUAUGAAAGCCACUACAAAAAGGGUGAAGAUUACGGCAAGAAGGGUGGAAGUGGGCACGAGAAAGAAUAUGGCUACGACGAUGAUGAUGAUGAUGAAGAAUACUGAACGAAUGAAUUGAUAUAGAUAGGCUUAUUUAUUAACGAUUUUGUUAUGUUUGAUACAAUAUAAAUCUGUAAAUAUUUUUGUAUUGA